AUGGGCUCAGUGCGGAUCCUUGUGCGGAAGAAAGAAAUCCUCAAACUGACCGAACAAAUCAUCGAGGCCAUCAGCAACCUUGACUAUAACACAUAUUCGAAGCUAUGCGACAUGAACAUGACGUGUUUCGAGCCGGCGUCCAUGGGCCACCUGGUUGAGGGCAUGGACUACCACAAGUUCUAUUUCAAUCAAAUGGCUGCUCAGUUACGACUGGAAUCGCGACCAUCGAGGACUAUACUGAUCAAUCCCGUGGUGUACCUGAUGGGAGAAGACGCGGCGUGUGUCGCCUACAUCCGGUUAACUCAGUUGAUAGAUAAGCAAGGCAUACCUCAGCCCCGGCAGGUAGAAGAGACAAGAGUGUGGCAGAAGCGCGAUGGAAAAUGGCUGUGCAUCCAUACCCACCUCUCCAGUUCAGCUGUUCGUCGAGAUCCAUAG